AUGGCUUCUCCCUACUCAUCUACAGAGGAGACAACCAAUGCAAAUAGAAUUUGUCGUCUUAUCCUGGGUCCAUGCACUGAUGAACUUCAUGAUGUAUUAUGCCAUUUUGUUCCACCACAAGCACUUUCACAUGUCAUUCAUGUCUUCCAUGUCAACCAAAAAAAACCUGGUCGUGGACUUCCUCUAACAGGUCCACAGAGAGAUUUGAUUUUACCCAGGAAUGGAAGCUAUACUGGAAAUUAUGACGAUAUGGAUAUCUCUCUGCUGUACAUAUUAUUAAGAAACAUAUGUGGUAUACCAUCACAUUCAAAUGGUUGGGGUAAUGAUCCAGAUCCAAUUGACUACUCACCUUCUGCCUGUAUAGAAAGAAUUCGAUUGGCCAGAAAUCAAUGUGUACACUCACCAACUUCCUCUCUCUCCAACACAGAGUUCAGUAAUAUCUGGUCCACCAUCAGAUCAGCAGUUGUGAGUUUAGACACCUUCCUCAGUAAUGGAUGUAAGUAUGAGAGGGAGGUUGAUUUCCUUCGACGUGAAACCAUGGACCCUGUGCGUGACAAGCACUACCAAGAGGAACUGAAAAAACAAGUGCAAGAGGAUUUGAAGACUAGAGAAAUGGUUACCAAUCUCAAACGAAAAAUGGAAGAAAAUGCAGAAAAAGGUGUAGGAAUUGAAAACAGGUGAAGAGGUUGGAUG